AUGAUCAGUGAUAUUUCAGGGAUACCUGAAGAUCUUAGCGAUGAGACUUUAAGUUCCGAGGAAGAAGCUGUAGUUCCCGAGGAGAAUAUCACAACCGGAAGACAACUACUGGCAACGGUCAAAAACAGAAUAAAAGAGGAAAAGCCUUUCAACUCGAAGAGGGCAGAUGAACACAGGGCCCCCUUCAGAUUUAGCCCAAAGAUUGGAACUAUAAAUGAAAACAAGGUGUUCCGAGUGAGUACGGACGAUAGACGGUACGGGGUCUUCCGGUCCGGCUCGGAGGAAGAAAUUUCCGAUUCCGGGUCGGACUGGUCAGAAGGUCCGGACACAUAUAUACAAUGCAAUUGUUGCUCAGGGAUCAAGUACUUGUGUUGUUGCCAUUGUUUGAGGAGGAGUGCCGGAAAAGUUCCACCCGUCAUCAAAUGGGUUAAAGAUGUCAACACUGGUGGCAACACUGAUUGCGACACUGGUGGCAACACUGGUGGAAACACUGAUUGCGACACUGGUGGCAACACUGAUGGCGAGAAUGUUAACGUUGAAGAGAAGAAACCAAAACGUGUUGGGAAAAUGAAGAGACUGAGAAAUUUUCUCCGUAGAUUGUGUUGUUGUGUUGGGAAAAGCAAUGAAGACUGAAUGCUGCCAUCUAGACGUCCGAG